CUACACCCUAGUCCAACGUGGAAGCCUCCUUUCCUUCUCUGCGUUCCCCAAUGUUGCUCACUCCCCGCCCCUACCUCGCCCGCCGCCUGUUCCUCGCCGCCUCCCGCCGCCUCUCGCCAUGCCCGCCGCCACUCGCCGCCACUCGCUCGGCGCCAUCCCUCACCGUCCGCCGGACCCUCCGAGUGAGAUCAAUUGCUACCCUUGCAGAAGCUACAGCAGGGUUUGAUGAGAUGGCUGCAGGGACUCAGCGGAAGUAUUACAUGCUUGGUGGCAAAGGUGGUGUUGGGAAAACGAGCUGUGCUGCAUCCCUGGCUGUUAAGUUUGCGAAUAAUGGUCAUCCUACUCUGGUAGUCUCAACGGACCCUGCGCACUCUUUAAGCGAUUCUUUUGGACAGGAUUUGAGUGGUGGAACGUUGGUGCCAGUUGAUGGAUUGGAUUCUCCUCUGUUUGUGCUAGAGAUAAAUCCUGAGAAGACUAGGGAAGAAUUUCGCAGUGCAAGUCAAAGAAGUGGAGUGAGUGGGGUUAAAGAUUUUAUGGACAGUAUGGGUCUUGGAAUGCUUGCUGAACAGCUAGGAGAGCUAAAACUUGGAGAGUUGCUGGAUGCACCUCCUCCGGGACUAGAUGAAGCUAUUGCAAUUUCAAAGGUCAUGCAAUUUGUUGAAGCACAAGAGUAUAGCAUGUUUAGCCGUAUAGUAUUUGAUACUGCUCCAACAGGGCAUACUCUCCGACUUUUGUCCUUGCCAGACUUCUUGGAUGCUUCCAUUGGCAAGAUCAUGAAGCUAAGACAGAAGUUAGCUUCGGCAACAUCAGCCCUUAAAUCUGUAUUUGGGCAAGAAGGACCACAACAGGAUGCGUCUGACAAACUAGAGCAAUUAAGGAAGAGAAUGAUCAAAGUGAGGGAGCUUUUCCGGGACACUGAAUCAACUGAAUUCAUCAUCGUCACAAUUCCUACGGUCAUGGCAAUUAGUGAGUCAUCGAGACUGUGUGCUUCCUUGAAGAAAGAACAUGUGCCUGUCAAGAAGCUUAUUAUUAACCAGAUUCUACCACCAUCUGCAUCGGACUGCAAGUUUUGUGCAAUGAAAAGGAAGGAUCAAAUGCAUGCACUUGAAAUGAUCCAAAAUGAUCCAGAACUCAAAGGCCUGAAGCAAAUCCAAGCACUGCUAGUUGAUGUAGAGAUCAGGGGUGUUCCUGCCCUUAGAUUUAUGGGUGAGAUGAUCUGGAAGUAACAUCCAUGGACUGGAAAAUGACUAGGUUGGAGAUCAUAACUUUGCUAGAGGUCUUGCUUGUUCAUUCUUCAUACACCAAUACCACCUCUACAAUCAGCACAUCACUACACUGGAACUUAUAGGCAUGGCCAUGGCCUGAAGCAGAUGCAUUAUAUGUUCAAACCUCAAUGGGUUGAUGGGCUUCAAAUAUAAUCAAGAGCAAGCUAGCCUUCAGACAGAGGACAGCGAUUUUAGUUUGAAACUUACAUCAUACAUCAAAUUUUGGCUUUCUAGAUAGGAUUCUUUUUGAAAGGAAAAGUGCAUGUAUAGAUUGAUGUAUAAUGUUUAAAUUCUAAAAGAGCUACUUCCCCUUGAUGCCC